AUGAGACAAGAACAUGGCAUCCAGACCAAUGUAGGAAAGCAGUCAACCUCCUCUGUUCUAGUCCAGGCACUUGUCAAAGGAAGGGCAAAUUUCGAGGAGCGGGAUAGCGAAGUGGUUAAUAUUGGACCUACUCAACAAAGGGUACAAAACACUUCACGGCCAUUUGCGUGGAUUAGCGAGGGUAUUGCAAAAUUUGCUGCAUCUACGAAUUCCUUUUUCCAGCGUAAUGCUCAACCCCUUUUUGAGAGGGAAACCAGCUCCCCAGAAUUCGACGAGGACACGCAACACUCAAGUCCACCGGAACAGGGGUCUCCGAUAGUAGCCGAAGCUGUUGAGCGUGCAGGGAGCGAACGACCAAGGAAAAGUAUUUUUAAGCGAGGAAUACUAGCGGCCCAAAACCUGGAGUUCAAUUCACUGCUCCACAAAAACGAAAGCAUACAUUUUCAGCCCAUAAUAUCAGGAAAAAGAAUAUCUUUGAAGAGGGGCGAAAUUAUUGGCGAAGGCGGCUACGAAGUUGUUUUGCGUUUUAUUUGGGAUUCCUGGAUGGAAUAUGCAGGCAGAUUUUUAAAGAUUUCCACCAGUCCGGAGGAAGAAAUGGAAAGAAAGAAAGGCAGACGCCCACUCAAUGCAAUGAUCCUUACCCCUCUCUUUGCGACGGAUCUUUCGCACCUUAUAUCAGUAAUAUACAGUAAGCUGCAUGAGAAUCAUGGUCCACUUAUAAGCCUGACUCAGCAGGCUGUUGCGGCGGUGAGUAAUCUGCAUGCCCUUGGGCUAGUACAUCUUGACAUCAAACCUGCUAACUUCUUUAUCAGUGAGGUUGGACGUGUAUGCUUGGAGGAUAUCGAUGGUUCCAGUCCCAAUAAAAGCUCACUAUUUCCGCCGGUUUAUACCGCUGCCUAUGUAUCACCUGAGCUUGCGCGUAUCGUGUUGGAAAGUGAUGUGUGUGCCAUACGAGAAGUUACGAUGGAUUCAUGGCAGCUAGGAGUUUCAAUAGACAAUAUCUGGUGCAAUUCUUUACCGAAGGUACAAAAUUCGUAUAUGAGCUACAAUCUCCUUGGGUGUAUUGCAAGAAUAGAGGACAUAGCUCCAUAA